AAAGAAGUCAGCCGCUAUGCAGCUUUUACGAGCUUACAGAUGCGUAUCCUCAAUGCAAAUAUCCCGGAGGGACAACCUCGCCAAAAGGCCAACCAGUUGGCGCCUGUUAUUGCUGAGAAGUGGCGGGAGAUGACGGAGGAGGAGAGGGUUGCUGCUACAGAGGAUGAGGUGACGGCAAUGCAUGAGCGGAGGGUGAGCAAGGAGCUUGGGACCUGGCAUAACGCCGACGUUAGUGCCAACCACGACUCAACCAUGACAGUUAGUCGUAUCAAAGAGGAGUUGAUUCGCCUUCAUGCACGCACUGGUGACGAAGCUGUCCUUGUAGUUACCAGAGGAUCGCUAACGCGUUUUUGUGCUCCUGAAACCUAUUGCACUAGUGAAAAGUCUGAGAGUUUUCUCUCAACGGUGUUAAAAACGUCAAAUGAGGAUCUAGCAAUGCGCAUGGAUGCAUUCAUGAUCCUAGGAGUAGAAGGUGUUGCUCGUAACGGAGUUCAGGUACUUACGGAGAUGAAGUCCAAGGUUGCUGGGUUGAUUCUACAAAAACUAAAACAAUGUGCCGGGAAGUAUGAGGUCAAGAAGAUGUUCUACACUAAUUUCGAUGAACAUUUCACUGAAACCUACGGGAUUGUUGUCAAGAACUGGCCCUUGAAGGAUUUCAAGAACCCAAGCUCCAUUACUUCGAAGGCUGAGGUCAGUGUACUUUGGAACGCAUGGGAAACAGGCACUGCCCACUUCCAUAUGAUGACGCGGACUGAACAUGCAGCCUGG